AUGUCUCUUACCGAGUUGGAUUCCCCCAGUUUAUUUAUUCCCAAAAGUAACAUCACAAUCACCGCGAACCUCGCCGAAACUGCCGCUAGGAUAGCAAUUAACAACUUCGAAUGGCGAUACUUGACUUUGGUGCUAUUUAAUUCGACGAUUUUAAAUGUCGUUGGAGAUUUCUGGCAGCUGUAUGACAAGAGCUUCAUUAUCACCAAAGGGUUGCGCAGGCCACGGUACCAUCCUGAAGUCACACGACAGUAUAUUCUGUUUGGAAAGGACAUAGCAGACAUAACUAAAAUGUUGGACUGGAUACGAGGAUACCAAUUUGAUAACACUGGCAAAUACGUUGUAAUUUGUCAGUCGGCCGAAAAAUGCAACGAGACUGAAGCCGUAGCUAGUUUCUGGUACCAUAAAAUCACGAACGUCGUGUUUCUUAAACAAUUUGAUGGAAUAGUGUCUGGUUAUACAUACUUCUACAGCGCAGAUAACUGCGCUAUGAGUGCACCCGUCAAAAUUGAAGAUUUGGAAACUUGUCUGAAUUUAGGUGAUGACGAUGACGCUUGCGACCUAUUUCCUGCUAAGUUCUAUGAUUUAUUUGGUUGUCCUCUUAUAGCGUCAACCUUUCAGCAGCGGCCAUACAUGUAUCUAUUAGAGAAUGGAGGGGUAAAGGGUUCGGAUGGAGACCUGCUGGUUAUUAUAGCCAAAGCUAUGAACGCUACCUUGGAAGUGAUGAAGCCAUAUUACGGGGAUGGCUGGGGAACAUUGAAUGAGGACGGUCAGUGGCAAGGUUCCCUCGGCGACAUAUACUACGACCUCGCUAAUAUAUCAAUGACAUCAGCAGCUAUAACCUCCCAAAGAUAUACUGACUUCCAGCUUUCUUUCUCUUACAAUUUUGCAAAAAUUGGCUGGAUCACUAGCCCCACGAAGUUAGAAGGCUCUUCGCUAAAACUAGUGCAUCCAUUUAAACCGGACACUCACGCAGCCGUUUGUGUUACUUACCUAAUUGUCAUAGUCACAGCAUUUCUUAUCAAGAGCGAUAUAUUUCACGAACUCAAUAAAACAAUUGGAAUUUCUCCAAGAAACAGCAUGAUAUUUUACACCUGGGUGAUAUUCAUGGGUUUACCCAUGAGCAGGCUGCCAAAAAAGCCUUUUCUCUUGUACAUGGUAUUCUUGUGGAUUUGGUACUCGUUUUUCAUCAGAACGGUGUAUCAAGCAUCUUUGAUGAAUUCUUUGAAAAGCAAAAAAUUUGCAUCAAAUUAUGAAACUGUGGAAGAAUUGAUGAAUGCGAACUACAAAAUUGGUGGUGGCUUGGCGUUGCAAGACUACUUCAACGACUAUCCGGCGGUGUACGACAAUUUCAUAGGUUUGACCACUAAGGAGGUCAAUGAUACCAAGAUAAGGGUAUCGCGAGGCGAGAAUUUUGGAUUGUCAGUUAAUUUGGAUGCGGCUGAUUUCUUCAUACAGACCUACGGGGGAGCGUUCCACGUACUUGACCAGAAAAUUGUCGUGAGUCCUACAGUGAUAUUUUUCAAGAAGUUUUCACCUCUCGCUCGUUCUGUGAACCGGGUGUUGUGGCGGCUGGUAGAGGCUGGUAUACCUGAUAAAUUAUACAGGAUCUACGUACAAGUUAACAAGAAAAGACCUAAACGUGUGAACAACCAGGAACCAAUAACCAUGAAUCAUUACACUGGAUGUUACGCUUUACUCUUCUGUGGUUGGAUACUGUCCUUUCUGACAUUUCUUUUUGAAAUAUUGUUUAGUAAAAACAAACACCGAUAG